AUGGCUUUGGACAACUACUAUCGCAACAAGAUCGAGGGCAUGAAGCUCGAGAUCAUUCAGGGCCAAGCUGUUCUACGACGAUUAGAAGCCCAGCGCAAUGACUACAACUCUAGAGUGCGUCUACUGCGUGAGGAGCUUGGGUUGCUGCAACAGCCCGGCUCGUACGUUGGUGAAGUGGUCAAAGUGAUGAGCACCAAAAAGGUUUUGGUCAAGGUACACCCCGAGGGAAAAUAUGUGGUGGAUAUCUCCGACGGUGUGGAUAUUAGCAAGCUUACUGUGGGCAAGCGAGUCGCCCUUCUGUCUGAUUCCUACAAGUUGGAAAAGAUGCUGCCUUCCUCGGUCGAUCCCCUGGUCUCACUCAUGAUGGUUGAGAAGGUCCCCGACAGUACGUACGACAUGAUUGGUGGUCUGGAUCAGCAGAUCAAGGAAAUCAAGGAAGUCAUUGAGCUAGGUCUCAAGCACCCCGAGUUGUUCGAGUCUUUGGGUAUCGCACAACCGAAGGGUGUCCUGCUCUACGGUCCACCAGGAACCGGAAAGACCCUGCUCGCUCGAGCAGUCGCUCACCACACUGACUGUCGCUUCAUCCGAGUGAGCGGUUCAGAACUAGUGCAGAAGUACAUUGGUGAAGGUAGCCGAAUGGUUCGUGAACUGUUCGUCAUGGCACGAGAGCACGCACCUAGUAUCAUCUUCAUGGAUGAAAUCGACAGUAUCGGUUCCAGCCGGAUAGACUCAGCAGGCGGUGGUGAUUCUGAAGUUCAGCGUACUAUGCUGGAGUUGUUGAACCAGUUGGACGGAUUCGAACCCACGAAGAACAUUAAGAUUAUCAUGGCUACCAACCGACUGGACAUUCUCGAUCCCGCCCUGCUUCGGCCUGGGCGUAUCGACCGGAAGAUCGAAUUCCCCCCACCAUCGGUCGAAGCUCGUGCCGACAUUCUGCGGAUUCACUCCCGCUCGAUGAACCUGACCCGUGGUAUCAACUUGACCAAGAUUGCCGAGAAGAUGAAUGGGUGCUCUGGCGCCGAGCUCAAGGGUGUCUGCACCGAAGCAGGCAUGUAUGCAUUGCGCGAGCGUCGGGUACAUGUCACACAAGAGGACUUCGAUCUGGCCACCGCCAAGAUUCUCAACAAGCACGACGACAAGGAGGUUGCGGUGUCGAAGCUAUGGAAGUAG